AUGGUGCCACGUAUGCCCUCACUGGCGGCGCUGUUGCUGGCUGCCUCUCCGGUCGUGUCGGCCGUGAGCAACUGCUCCAUUGAGACCUUUCAAGCCUUUCUGGAUGCCAAUGGGACCAAUGCACAAGUCGUUUAUGCCCACCACUAUGCGGAAAAUUCGACGUUUGUGAACCCAAACAUCACCUCUGGCGUUAAUCCCACGGAAUUGCCCGCAACCUGUGCCAUCCAGGUCAAUGCGACAACCGAUGUCAACACCCAUUUCAGUUUCGGGGUCUUCUUCCCGGAUGCAUGGAAUGAGCGGUUCUUCCACGCCGCGCAGGAAGGAGAAGACAUCAAUUGGGUUGAUAUGGCCAUCGGACUACGUUAUGGCUUCGCCGCCGUGGCCACCGACACCGGCCACACUGGCUCGGACAUGAAUGGCGUCUGGUGGAAAAAUCCCGAAUCGAUCAAUGAUUGGGCCUGGCGCGCCAACCACCUCACCAGCGUAUUGGGCAAGUUUCUGGUCGAGAGAUUCUACGGCAAAAAGCCCAAAUACAGCUACUUUGCUGGCUGUUCCACUGGCGGUCGUCAGGCCAUGAAGGAGACGCAAAAGUUCCCACUGGAUUAUGACGGCGUCAUCGCAGCCUGUCCAGCCUGGUGGACCACUCACCAACAGCUGUAUAAUCUCAAGCAAACGACCUUUCAAGCUCCCGAGGGUUCGCCGCACACGAUCCCGAUGGAGAUGUUUGCUGUCAUCGGGGCGGAAACGAUCCGCCAGUGCGAUCCCCAAGACGGGUUGGUCGACAACAUCAUCUCCGAUCCGCUGGGCUGUAAUUUUGACUACCUUCCUUUGCUCUGCACUGAAACGAAAAAUACCAGCUGCUUGACGGGACCCCAGAUAGAGACCCUGCACAAGUUCUACAAUGACUGGGUAGAGACAAAUCAGACGUUCGUCUACGCCCAUUCGCUGUAUGGCAGCGAGGUGAUGUGGAAUGAAAGCGGUCUGUUUGGCAACGGCAGUGUGGGCAAUGAGGAUACGCAGCUGUGGUAUCCCCAGCACAUCCUCGGCUUGUCCAACUUUACCGCAGAGGAUCUCGAUUAUGGUUUGGUGCAGUAUGCCGAGGCGACCGACCCAGGGAACUCAUCCGCCGAUAGCUAUGAUCUGUCCGAGUUCUAUCAACACGGGGGCAAGUUGAUCCAAUACCAUGGUCACUCUGAUGCCAUUGUGCCCCCUGGUAUCGGCCUGUAUUACCGCGAUCACCUGGCAGCGACGGUGGCCCCUCAGGGAAUUGACAUUGAUGAUUUCUACCGCCUUUUUUUGAUCCCUGGAAUGGAGCACUGCUACCACACACCAUCGACGAUGAACGCGCCAUGGUACAUCGCCGGCCCCACGCAGGCCAGUACCCUCAGCUCAUCCCUCCACAGCGUCCCAGGUUACAAUGACGCAAAGCACGACAUCUUUCUCGCCUUGAUCAACUGGGUCGAGAACGGUGUCGCACCCGAAUACAUCAUCGGAUCCAACUUCAACAGUACCGUGGACUUUAGCGCCAGCACCAUCAACAAGCAACGGCCGAUCUGCGCGUACCCGAAGAUCGCUCAAUACGUAGGGUCGGGGGACAUUAAUGAUGCGGCCAAUUUCGAAUGCAAGUCUUUGUAUUAAAUAUCUUGGCAACAACAAGAGUGCAGAAGGG